CACACACACACACACACACACACACACAGUCAUUUUAUUCUAUACAAUUAUUUCAUUCUAUAUGUUUGUUUUUCAGCCUGGUUGAGUCGAUAGCGCACGACAAGGAGGUGGAGGUGGAAAUGGCAAGUGAGGAAUGGUGCGUGGUUGACAGCAGCGAAUCGCCGCCGGCAAAACGUGUGCACUUUUCCACAGCGUGCGAUACGCCAAAACGUGGCGGUCGGGGCCACGGCAUUUAUUUUGCCGAUCAACGACGCGUCAUCGCUCAGGGCAGAGGCCGCCAAAUUGAUGUGGCUGGUGUGAGCGCGGACUCAUCAUUGCAACAGUCCAGUCGCAAUAGUGGUCAGCAAGCUGAAGCAUCAUCAUCAUCACUGAUUCUGCUAGACGUGACAAACUCAUCGCAACCGAGGAUCGUGAACGCUACUGCUACUAACAUCGACAACGAAGUUGAAAACAUUGACCCGCAGGAAACAAGCUCUUCAAAGCGAUAUGAUAUAAACAUAAUGUCAAUGGCUAUGGAUGCGCCACUGUUGUUCUAUUUGCUGAAUGGUAACGAUGCGUGUAGUAUUAUUAAAAGAAUAAUUGAUCUUUUGUGUACGCUUAAAGCGAUGUGUGUAAAACGUGUUGAUAUUGAAAAAUGCUUUCUAGUUGGCUUAUGUAAAAAAACAUUUUUCAGCGAUGUUGUUGUUGUUGUUGAUGAUGAUGAUGAUGAUAGUAGGUUUCAUUUAAGUAUAUGUUCAUAUAAAACUUUAAAAGAUGCAAGCAGCGUAUUUGAUGUAGUAGAUACUUGUAUCUGUGCUCAAUUUUCUAUGCAACUAAACAUACUUUACUCGCAAAUUAAAUCAAUAGACUUUAAUGUAGCUGAUGUUGAUGAAGAUGAUGAUGAUGAUGAUAAGAAGAAAGAAAAGAUAUUAAUUUAUAUUUUAGAUUAUUGCAUGUCAAUGGCUAAUCUUAAUUAAUGCGUGUGACGCUGGUGCUAUACUGUAUUAUGUGAAAGACACACGCUUUGUAAUAAUUUACAAUUUUUUAUAAUAUUAACACUGUCAACUUUGUCUAUGUAUUAUCACUAGAUUUGUCGCCACUUACCUUACUGCAGCUGCUGUCAACUUUGUAUGUAUAUUUUCACCUUUUAUGUAUGCAGCUGUCAACUAAUGUAUGUAUUUUCAACUUUUUAUGUAUUGUCAACUUUGUAAGAUACACUUGUUUUAGCUGCUGCUGCUAAAUUUGUAUGUAUCUAGUAUUUUUAAUAAACUGUGAACAUUGUAUGUGCGUGUUUUCUUCAUUCAUAAUCCGCUUGUAGUAUACACACACACACACACACACA